CGUAACUGAAACCGAAUCUACAUCUGCCCGUCUCUGUUAUCACUCUCUUACACACUGUCUCUGCUCUCUUCCCCCAUCGCCGGACUUCUUCGAUCUGCAAAGAUGAAGUGAAGCGGAAGGCCUCGAGCUCCAUUCCUUUUGCCAUCCAUUGUUCCUCCGAAGCGGUGAAGAUUGGUUGUAGCUCGGAAGGGGCGCCAUUGGCCAUUUUGAGGAAUUAGGACUGCACGCUGCGCCUGCGGUCGUAGUUGCUCGUAUAGAGUAGAACUGCUUCCUUCCAUUUGACCUGUCGCAUUCCGAUUCGAUAGUUGUUUAGAGUUUAAUUAAGCAGAGAUGGCGUCUAAUCGCUCUCUUCUUCCCGAGAUCGGCCCCGACGGCCUCGCUAGGGAGGCCUCUGUCAUUGCCUACACCGAGAAGAUAAUCGAGGAGGAGCAGCUUCAGUUGAAGAAAUAUAUUGAAGAAAAUUAUUCUAAGAUUCGUGGUGUCGAACGCGAGCUAGCUAAUCUUACAAUGGAAAUGAAACUCACAGCAGGACCCAAGAAAGCAGCACUGGAGCUACUAAGAAAGAAAAUAGAAUCGUCAACUGAGAGAAUCCAUGUUGCCAAGCAGAAAGAGGAACAAGCUCGAAAGGUGUGGGAGGCGGCAUCCAAAGCUUUACAGGAUGAGGAAGCUAUCAAGCAGAAGCUAUGUGAAGAUUUAAAUAAUCUGGUCCAGGAAAGCAGUAACUCGCAGUUCUCUAGGUUGGAGGAGUUAAAGAGACGCCUCGAAGCUUUGAAUCCAGCUAGAUCAUCAACGUGUGUUCCCUCUGAUGGGAAACUGACGGGAGGGGUCCAGAAUGGCACAGUGUUGGAUGCUUCCUCGGUACCUCAGUUAUUAGAGCCAGUCCAGAAAGUAAUGCAUCAAGAGCGUGACGGAAAGGUUCUGGCCACAAAUGGGCCCAAUCAGCAGCCUACUGCCGACGGAGAUGGCAGAGGAAAGAAGAAAGUUCAGUUGCAAGGAAGAGGAAAGGGAAUAGGAGUUGUGCCCAAGGGCAGGGGGUCCUCUUCUGCUGGUUGGACCGGGGCCGGCUUUGACGUAGACGGUAGACCCUGAGUUCUGCUUCAGUUCUUGUUUUCUUCUGUCUCUCUUAUCCCAAAAAUGUAAGAAAUCGCACGUAUAUUCUUUCAAUACAUGAAAUUUGUUCAUAAUGUUUCCCCAGCUACUGUAACUUCAGAAUUGGUUAUGCUCUCUUCACCAAUAAUUGUUCGUUUUUCUCGUCUAGAGUGAAGGAACAUUGGAAUGUGUACAUUAUAAAGCUUGUGCUAUGAGGUUUGUCUGGCUUCUCAUGUGCAAAUCUGGAUCUUUAUGGAUAGCUUGGGCUGAAAUCUAUUUGCUUAAAGGGAGAUUUCUGGCUGGUUUCAGCUCCAAGUUUAUGUUCUUAUGCAUGGAGAAAAUUGCUAAAGCUUAGGGAUAGCAUAUGCCCUCUUAUCAAGCAUAGAAUUGGGAAUGGUCGGCUUACUUGGUUCUGAUACGACAAUUGGCACCCUUUUAGCCCUCUUAUUCAGGUCCUUAACAACAUGAGUACUUCUGGUACUGGGCUUGUUCCUCGUGCAAAAGUUUCUGAGGUCCUUAGGGGGUGUGACUGGGCAUGGAAGCCCUGUGGAAGAGCUGAACUGAGAACAAUCAAAGAAGCUACAGCUGCCAUGUUUCCCAAUGAGAAUGAGGAAGAGAAAAUGGUAUGGACAGCAGCAACUAGCGGGAGGUUUACUGUUUCCAGCGCGGGGAAGCUAUUAGACCAAAAAAGCAGCAAGUUACGUGGGCUGCUCUUUUGUGGUUUCAGUCAAGUAUCCCUCGCCAUUGUUUUAUCACUUGGCUGGUUAUUCAAAACGAGUUUUCUACCUUAGACAGAAGAUCUAAAUGGCAGGUUGGUUUGGAUCCUACAUGUGUUCUUUGUGAGAACUCUAUAGAAAGCUGUGAGCAUUUAUUCUUUGAAUGUUCCUUCUCGAGGAGUGUCCGGGAGAAAGUGUUUGCAGCUUCUGGAUAAGGCUAGAACUGGAAGGUCUUGGCAAUAUGAAAUUGAAUGGGCCGUCAACAAGUUUCAGGGAAGGUCUACUCGGGUUUUUUAAUUCGAAAGUUUGCUCUACAUGCAUCCACUUAUUAUAUUUGGAGAGCUCAGAAUGACAAAAUACGCUCUCCUCUUUGGAGCCAUCAGCUGAAGAAACUCUUGCCUAUGUGAAGUUUGCUGUUAAAGGGCGAUUUCUGGGGAUCAAGAACUUGAAGAAGAGGAUGGUAAAGGGAACGCAUAAAGGAUCACUUGAAGGCUGGGGUAUACCUCAGUUGUGAUGUAUCUUUUCGUGGUUUGCCAAUUUUGGUUUCCUAGUAGCUUAUACGCCUGGCCUAUGAGUUUUGUUCUUAUGUAAUAAACUCGGUUUGCAGUUUAUCAAUAACAGCGAACGUCAAAGCAUUCAGCUUAACAGAAAA